GGUAAUAAGCGAUCAAUGCCGUGGGAUGAAAAUAGCAGGAAUUUGUAUAGAGAGCACGUCACAUCACCGAGCCGCACUCCCUUCCUGAGCUCAGAGGAGGAGGGUAACUGUUUAUUCGCCUCCCUCUUAGCUCCAUUCUCCUCGCAGCAAGGGAGGAAAAUGUCGCAAAACACACAACAAGUCUCCAACACGGACUCUGUCAAGAUGGUGGUGAAGAGUAACCAAGCCGCCAAUGGGAAUGUGCACCAUAUAGCCACCAUUGGCCUGGCAGAGUUGGCCCACCGGGAGUACCAGACAGGUGACUAUGAGAAUGCCGAGAAACAUUGCAUGCAGCUGUGGCGCCAGGACCCUUCCAACACUGCCGUGCUGCUGCUGCUGUCCUCAAUACACUUCCAAUGCCGCAGGCUGGACAAGUCUGCCCACUUCUCCAUGUUGGCCAUCAAGCAGAACCCUAUGCUAGCUGAGGCCUACAGUAACCUGGGCAAUGUGUACAAGGAGAGAGGACAGCUCCAGGAAGCUUUGGAGAACUACAGGCAUGCAGUUAGGCUCAAGCCAGACUUCAUUGACGGCUAUAUCAACCUUGCCGCCGCCCUUGUCGCCGCCAACGACAUGGAACAAGCAGUGCAGGCGUAUGUGUCGGCCCUGCAAUACAACCCAGAGCUGUACUGUGUGAGGAGUGACCUGGGUAACCUCUUGAAGGCGUUGGGAAGAUUGGAUGAAGCAAAGGCGUGCUAUCUCAAGGCCAUCGAGACCAGGCCGGACUUUGCUGUGGCCUGGAGCAACCUGGGGUGCGUCUUCAAUGCGCAGGGUGAGAUCUGGCUGGCAAUACACCACUUUGAGAAGGCCGUGGCCCUCGACCCAAACUUCCUGGACGCCUAUAUCAACCUUGGCAAUGUGCUGAAGGAGGCACGCAUUUUUGACAGGGCCGUCGCAGCUUACCUCCGAGCCCUGAAUCUGUCCCCCAACCAUGCCGUCGUCCAUGGAAACCUUGCCUGUGUCUAUUAUGAGCAAGGCCUCAUUGACCUUGCCAUCGACACAUACCGGCGAGCCAUCGAGCUGCAGCCAAAUUUCCCUGAUGCCUACUGCAAUCUUGCCAAUGCUCUUAAGGAGAAGGGGCAGGUGAGUGUCAGCGAGGCAGAGGAGUGCUACAACACAGCACUGCGACUCUGCCCAUCACACGCCGACUCCCUCAACAACCUGGCUAAUAUUAAGAGAGAGCAGGGCUACACAGAGGAUGCCACCCGUCUGUACCUCAAGGCGCUGGAGGUGUUCCCAGAGUUUGCUGCCGCUCACUCCAACCUUGCCUCCAUCCUCCAGCAGCAGGGCAAGCUCAAUGAAGCCCUCAUGCACUACAAGGAAGCCAUCCGCAUCCAGCCAACAUUUGCUGAUGCCUACAGUAACAUGGGCAACACACUGAAGGAGAUGCAGGACAUUCAGGGCGCCCUCCAGUGCUACACUCGUGCCAUCCAGAUCAACCCAGCCUUCGCAGAUGCUCACUCCAACCUUGCCUCCAUCCAUAAGGACUCUGGCAACAUACCGGAGGCCAUCCAGUCUUACCGAACGGCACUCAAGCUAAAGCCAGACUUCCCUGAUGCCUACUGCAACCUCGCCCACUGCCUGCAAAUAGUGUGUGACUGGACAGACUAUGACGCUCGCAUGAAGAAGCUGGUGGCCAUCGUCGGGGAGCAGCUGGAGAGGAACCGCCUGCCCUCCGUGCACCCCCACCACUCCAUGCUGUACCCGCUGUCCCAUGAGUACCGCCGGGCCAUUGCCAAUCGCCAUGCCAACCUCUGCAUGGAGAAGAUCAACGUGCUCCACAAGCAGCCUUACAAGUACCCGACAGAGGUCCAACCUGGAAGUCGGCUGAGAGUGGGCUACGUCUCCUCAGAUUUCGGCAACCACCCAACCUCCCACCUCAUGCAGAGUAUCCCCGGCAUGCACGACAGGGCCAACGUGGAGAUAUUCUGCUAUGCUCUCAGCCCUGAUGAUGGCACCACCUUCAGGAGUAAGAUUGCCCGGGAGGCAGAGCAUUUCAUUGACCUCUCCCAGAUCCCCUGCAACGGGAAGGCCGCCGAUCGCAUCAACCAGGACGGCAUCCACAUCCUGGUCAACAUGAAUGGCUACACUAAGGGAGCUCGCAAUGAAAUAUUCGCCCUGCGCCCUGCCCCCAUUCAGGUGAUGUGGUUAGGCUAUCCUGGGACCAGCGGCGCACCCUUCAUGGACUACCUCAUCACUGAUCGCAUCACCUCCCCACUGCGAGUGGCCACACAGUACAGCGAGAAGCUUGCCUACAUGCCGGACACCUUCUUUGUGGGCGAUCACAGGAAUAUGUUCCCUCACCUUCAGGAACGUGUGCUGCUGGAGUCUGUGGACAAUCCCAAGCUGCUGAAUAGUGACAAUUUCAAGGACAACGUGGCACUCAUCAACACAACAGAUCUUAACCCAGUGAUUGAGAGUGCCGAGGUGCUUACUGUGAAGGAGAUGGUAAAGCCCGCCACCACUAAGGAGUCUGUGGAGGUGGCUGUCACCGUGGCCCAGCUCCCCUCAACAGCUCCUAUUGAGUCCAUGAUCCAGACAGGCCAAGCGCAGGCCACGGUGAAUGGGCUGCUGGUACAGAAUGGCCUGGCCACCACACAGAUGAACAACAAGGCAGCUACUGGAGAGGAACCACCCAAGAACAUCCUCAUCACCACCAGGAAGCAGUACGGCCUGCCGGAGGAUGCUGUCAUCUACUGCAACUUCAACCAGCUGUACAAGAUUGAUCCUUCAACCCUGCAGAUGUGGUGCAAUAUCCUGAAGCGUGUGCCAAAGUCUGUGGUGUGGCUGCUGCGUUUCCCAGCCCAUGGUGAGACCAACAUCCUGGCCCAGGCACAGCAGCUGGGCGUGGGUCCUGGCCGCAUCAUCUUCUCCAAUGUGGCCGCCAAGGAGGAGCACGUGCGCCGUGGCCAGCUCGCCGAUGUGUGUCUGGACACCCCGCUGUGCAACGGACACACUACUGGCAUGGAUGUGCUGUGGGCAGGCACCCCGAUGAUCACUCUGUCAGGGGAGACACUAGCCUCCCGCGUGGCCGCCUCACAGCUGCACUGCCUGGGCACGCCGGAGUUGGUGGCCACCACGCGCCUGGAGUAUGAGGACAUUGCCUGCAAGCUUGGCAAUGACCGGGAAUAUCUGAAGGCGAUGCGAGCCAAGGUAUGGAAGGCACGGACAGAGUCACCUCUCUUUGACUGCAGGACCUACGCUCAUAACCUGGAGCUCUUGUUCAAGCGCAUGUGGGAGAAACAGUCGGCGGCACAGAAGCCUGACCACAUCACUGAGUGGUAAAUGCGUCCCCCUUGCCAACCUGCCCACUGAACGCCAUCCUAGAAUAUUUAUUGACACGUUUGGCUGUUUGGCUGUAUGUUCAUCACGUCUCCUUUACUCUUUCAAUUGUGAUGUUUUUUUUGUUCUGCGUGCGAUGUUUGGAGAUUAAUUUUGUUCCAAGUGUUUGUUUGCCUGAGUGAUGUCUUGGAGAUAUUCCUUUGAGAGGUUGAAUGGAUUUUUGUGAGGUGUGUAUGUGUCACAGUGACUGAGUGAGGGAGAGAAAUGACAGCAAGCUUCUUUUCUUUUUGUUUUUUGUCACAAUCCACACCAUAAUUGUUUAUUUGUUGUUAUGCGUUCCAUGUCAGUCAAAAGAAAAUUUAGUAGUCAUUGAGCACACAUACACACAUACACACACUCAUGCACACACGCACACACACACACACACACACACACACACACACACACACAAGCUGUAUUCCUGUGUUACUAUAUUCCUAUUCCUAACUUAUUUUUUAUGUAGUGGAAGAGCUACAGGAGGAGACACAGUAUUUCACCUCUUGGAUCAUUAUUAUUGUUUGUUUUAUUGUGUUUAUAAGGAAGCAAAGGAGAGGAUGUGAGAAUAUGCUGAGAUGAAGAGCAGCAUAUUACUGUAAAUAGUUGAGUUUUUCUUAGGUUAGAUCAUCCAAAGGCUCAGGAGUUUUUGUUUAAUGUUAAUAUCUUAGAGCACAGUUAGCCAGAAAAAAAAGGCACGGUUUGUAAAAUGUAUAAUACUGAUAUGCUCUGAAGAAACUAGAAAGGAUAAUGAUGAAUGGAUUCCCCGUUUUUCCCCAGUUAUCAUUAUUAUUUCACCUAUAAGGAGCUGUGGAGGAGGAGGAGGAGGAGGAGGAGAUGUGACCCUCCCAAAAUGCUUCUUAGCUCAUUGUAAAUAUUAGAUUCAAAGUGUCAGUCAGUGCAGGUAUUUCAACAAGUUGUCGUAUAUAUAGAGGAGAAUUUUUAUCACCCCAGGUUGUCAGAUAAAGGUGUUUGGUUCACUUGGUGUGGUGAUAAAAGGCUAUGCUGGGCUGUUUGAAGUGUCCAAAUGGGUGGGCUGACAGGGUGUGGCUUGGUGAGAGUAACACUCGUCCACGCCCAGGCUAACAAUCAGCCCACCUAGUAAGUAAUCAAAUUAGUUUGUUUAUUUUGCAUUGGAGUGUAGCACAGAUUUGAUUACUACUACUACCACUACUACUACUCUACUACUACUACUAUUACCAUUACCUACAGUAAUGCGAGUGAUUUUUCUCAAGUUCACAAGUUCCUGUGUGCGAGAGAGGCAUGGUGACUAGUUUGGUGACCUAGCUAGCUGAUCUGACAUGACCUAAUGGCUAGCUACCUUGUGUAGGAGGGGAAGACUUUGAAGAUAUAUUUUUUUGACUUUUUUUAAUGAUCUUGGUGUAGGAGAGAGAGAGAGAGAGAGAGAGAAAGGUGGAGCUGUGAGGCAGGCUGGCAGUGUGUGUUUGUGUGUCCUGCAGCCUGCUUGUUCUACCGGCCUUCUCCCUUAUCUGUGUACACUCUGCUUGCAGGAAAUAAAAAAAAAUGUCAAUGC